AUGGCUAUAAGAUCGUCGAGUCCCACAAACCGUCAUUGGCAGACAGUGCACCGUUACACCAGGACGGGACGGAUUAUUCCUACUUCUUCUCCGGUCUAUGUAGGUUCCGAAAAACAAGAAAUGUGGAUGGCAAUCGAUACUGGAGCACCCAAUACCUGGGUCUUCGACUCGAAAUGCACUGAGCCUGUCUGCAUACAUCAUCACACUUUCGACCGGUCUGCAUCAACCAGCUUUACCACCGACAAUUUGGCUUUCAGCCUCUUUUACGGGAGCGGCAAGGUCGACGGCAAGAUGGGGAAAGACACCCUCUCAAUUGCAGGGCUCGAAGUCUUGCAAACUUUUGGUCUAGCCAACAAUGCCUCGGAAACCUUUGAGAGUUACCCAUUUGACGGGAUUCUUGGCCUGGGUCGGUCGCAUACAUCAGGGUGGAAUCUGCCAUCCUUCAUGGAUCUCGUUGCGGAGAAAAAGCUUAUCAAAUCAAACUUGGUUGGGUUCAGUCUCUCUCGCUCAGAAGACAAUCACAAGGAUGGGGAAAUCAACUUUGGUGAUGUCGAUACAACUAAAUUUGAUGGCACCAUAUCCUACACUGCUACCAAUGACAAAAUCUGGAACAUCCCCUUGGAUGAUGCUUAUGUGAAUGGCCAAAGUUGCAACUUUACUGGAAAAUCCGCUACCAUCGACACCGGCACUACCUAUCUCCUGAUCCCUCCCGCGGAUGCCAAAGCCCUCUUUUCUCUCGUCCCUGACUCCUCUCAACAGCCCUCCAACCCGAACAACUAUUUGAUCCCAUGUAACUCGACUGCCACCAUAGAGUUCGAGUUCUCUGGUGUCAAGUACAACGUCUCCCCUAAGGAUUAUGUCGGAAAUCCGGAGCCGGACGGCUCGGACUACUGCAUUUCGACCAUUGUCGGCUACGCAUCAAAUGGUGCAGACUGGCUCGUUGGCGAUGUCUUUUUGAAAAAUGUCUACACCGUGUUCGAUUUCGACAAUGGCCAGAUCGGUUUCGGCGCGCUCGCCUCGGCCUCGGCCUCAGCCUUGAAGUCGAACUUAGACCCAUCUUCAACCUCAUCCUCUUCAUCCUCGUCCCCGCCCCAAGGCAAUGGGACAUUCACUGCACCGCCAGUCACUGGAACUGCUGCGUCUACUGCUGACGCCACGUCAUCAUCAUCACCGACCUCCUCUGCAAUGGCCACAGUAUCGGGCAGCUCCGCAUCCCACCUCGUCCACAGCAUUAGCUGGUCUAUGCUCACAGUCAUGAUUGGCGCAUUCGCUGUUUGA